AGAAAUACAACUCUCAGAACACCAAGGUCUCUCUGUCAGGCAGGAGCUGCUUAAAUUAAUACAUCUCUUACCGUACUGCACUGGAUAAGCACAGCUGACGUGUAGGAGUAAGAGGCACAAUGGGCACAGGGGUCUUGGCCCUGAUCGUCUUGGCAAGCCUCAAGCAUGGCCUAGCCUCCUUGGUAAUCGAGCCUCCUGUGAGUGAAAUUGUGCUACAGAAUGGGGAUCCUCUAAUUUUAUCAUGCUCUGGAAAUGGAAAUGUGAAAUGGAAUCUCACAAAAAGUCAACAGAGAUUCAUUAAACCAGAAAAUAACACAGUGAAAAUAUCACAAGCAUCGUACAGAAACACGGGGACAUACAAAUGCAGCUAUACCUCCCCCAAUUCCACAGAACAAGCAUCAGUGCAUGUCUUUGUAAAAGAUGCCUCAAAUGUGUGGAACACAUUGGCAAACACAGUACGUGUCGCUGAAGAUGAAAAUGCUCUUCUUCCAUGUCUGAUAACAGAUCCAUCUAUACAUGAAAUAUCGCUAAUAACUUUAGAAGGUCUAAGGAACAAAAAAACACCAUUUGACCCUAAGAAAGGAUUCACUAUCCACAAAGUUCAGUUGACUGAUAAAGGAGAAUAUUUGUGUCGGGCUGUUGUGAAUGGGUUGAACAAAGACUCAAAAAUUAAGCUAGUAGUCAAUGCAGUGCCGAAGGAGCCCCCAUCUGUCGCUCUGUCAUCAUUGGAGAAUAUCAGAAUCCAAGGAGAAGUCUUCGAGAUCACAUGCACCUCGAUUAGCACUAUCAGGGCCUCUGAGAUCAAAUGGGAACACACAAUCAAAAAUGUAACAGCAAACGUAACAUAUGAUAUAGACGAAAAUACUUGGAUUAGUGUUUCCACCUUACGAAUUCCGAAGAUAGACUUCAGCGACAGUGGAGACUACACGUGUAUUGGAGACGUCAAAGGGAAAUCCAACAGAGCUUCAGCCAACCUUCGAGUUAUAGAAAAAGGUUUCAUUAAUAUUGACACUCCAGAAGAAAGAAAUAUUUCAUUGUACAUUGGUCAGUCUGUGGCACUGACAGUCAUGAUCGAAGCAUAUCCCAAUGUUCUAUCCUGGAAAUGGGUACAUCACACUUCUGACAAUGCGCCGAAUGUUUCUACUCAAAAAGAUCUGCUGCCCAAUGGAACUUACAGGAGCACAAGCACUUUGACUCUAAACCGAAUCCAGGAAAAUGAAGAAGGGACCUAUACCUUUCAUGCAGCCAAUUCACAGGCCAAAGCUUCUUUGUCCUUCAAAAUAGCCCUGUACAAGCCUCCUAAAGUUGAAACAUCUGUAAUAGAUUAUAAUGGGACCCGUGGGGUGACUUGCAAUGCAAAAGGCUCUCCACUGCCAGACAUUAAGUGGUUCCUAUGCUCGGGUGCAAGUUGUAAAGAUGACAUAAAAGUUCCAAUAAAAGGUGAAGUGACCGAAGUCGUAGAUGACAAUGAAGUGACAAGUACUCUGAACUUCAAUGAGAGUGUCAGCAGCAUGAACUUAUUCUGUCUAGCUUCCAACCUCGCAGGAAACAUUUCUACUCCGGUUCCAAUGGUCGGAACUAGCACUGCACCUUUGAUAAGUACAAAGCACCAGCUCUUCGACCCCUUACUGAUUGCAAUGGUCGCAGUUGCAGUUUCUCUUCUGCUGCUAUCAGUCUUUUUGUUCUAUAAGUAUCAGCAGAAACCAAAAUUUGAAGUUCGCUGGCAGAUAGUUCAAGUGUCUGAAGGCAACCACUAUACUUGUAUUGACCCAACACAGUUACCAUACAAUGACAAGUGGGAGUUCCCAAGGGCAAAUCUACAAUUUGGAAAGACCCUUGGAGCCGGUGCAUUUGGCAAAGUCGUGGAAGCGACAGCCUUUGGAAUGGGAAAAGAUGACUCCGCCCUCACAGUGGCUGUGAAAAUGUUAAAACCCAGUGCACAUACAGAUGAAAAGGAGGCUUUGAUGUCAGAACUGAAAAUUCUCAGUCACUUGGGAAACCACCAGAACAUCGUUAACCUUCUGGGUGCUUGUACAUGUGGAGGCCCAAUUCUUGUGAUCACAGAAUACUGCCCACAUGGUGACCUGUUGAACUUCUUGAGAAGAAAAGCAGAGGGAGUGAAUGAUAUUUUUACAGCCUAUCUGACUGAUUCCACCGGCAACUACAAAAAUAUGUCAGUGGAGCAAAAAUAUGCACCCAGUGACAGUGGAUUUGGGAAUGAGGGCAUGUCCACUUAUGUUGAUAUGAGACCAGCAACCUCCAACAACAAGUCAACAAAAGGAAAUUCUUCAGUGAAUGAAGUUGAGGACGACAUAGACGACCAUUUGCCUUUGGACCUACAUGAUCUUCUGAACUUUUCUAAUCAAAUUGCACAGGGAAUGUCAUUUUUGGCUUCUAAGAAUUGUAUUCACAGAGAUGUUGCUGCCAGAAAUGUGUUGAUAACUCAGGGACGUACUGCCAAGAUCUGUGACUUUGGACUGGCCAGGGACAUCGAAAACGACAGCAACUAUGUUGUAAAAGGAAAUGCUCGUCUGCCAGUAAAGUGGAUGGCCCCAGAGAGCAUUUUUGAUUGCAUCUAUACAGUGCAAAGUGAUGUCUGGUCCUAUGGAAUCCUUCUGUGGGAGAUCUUCUCUCUUGGCAGAAGCCCUUAUCCUGGAAUUAUUGUAAACAGGAAGUUUUACAAGAUGAUAAAAGAAGGCUACAAGAUGGAUUGCCCAGAUUAUUCUCCUUUAGACUUAUAUCGUCUCAUGAAAGCAUGCUGGGACCUGGAACCUACUAAGCGGCCAACUUUUAGCCAAAUAACUGAUCUCAUCAACAAGCAAAUGAGUCUCGUCAAAGAUCAGGAAUAUGCAAACAUCAUUCAGGAUCAACAAGAUGAAGACUGUGUGGAUGCAAAAUGCACAGAUACCCAGCAGCCUCUCAUUAAUGGGAACAAUUACCAGUUCUGCUGAUCCUGAUACAGCCACAGUGAACUGAAGGGAGCAAUCGGCAAGUCUACAGGAGGGUGUGAUGUGAUACAACUUCCACAUUCCAUAUAUUAGGUGGACUUAAUAAAAGGGCAUUUUAUAUUGUAUUAAGCUAAUGACACCCAUGCUCUCUGCAAGAAGCUCAGAGGGGUGUGGAAAAAUGUAGCAUUAAUGUCACAGCACUGAAAACUCUCUGCAAUUACUAAUGAACCAAUUAACAUGGCAAGAGACACUGACAAUCAUACUGACCUAUUCUGUAGCAAUGCUUCAAUGUGAUUAGAUAUGCAGACCAAUAAAGUGCUCCAGGUAAAUGAAAGCCAUGCACACAACAUGUCUUCUUAACAUACUGAAUUUAUUUUAAACAAUCCCAAAGUAAAAUGCUUGCAGUUCUUAUUUAUA